AUGUUUUACGCCGACCCGGCGGGACUCUUUGCGUUAUAUAUCCUCGGUCUGAUUCUGUGGAAUGUAUGGAAGAAUUUGCGGUUGGUACAUGCCCGCCGCCGCCGCAACCUUCAUCGAUUGAUCAUGCUGCCAAAAGGAGAGCCAGCAGAAUGGAAGGUCAAUUCAUCUCCAAAUGAAUUCACCUCGUCCGAUCUGCGUGUUUUAGACGAAGACUUACAGACAAAAGCGAGAGCGAUAAAUUCAUUCUUCGCAGAUACGCCCGCAAGGAAAAAUUUGAGCACCGAGACACUAGCCGAGCUUGCGGACUGUGAUGGCUGGCAAACCAUACAGGAAGAUCGACGACAGAAGCUACAUGUUCUACCCAAGACUACGUUCAUCUUUCCAUUGCGACUUGGCGUGGAGGAUCUGAAGCGCUACUACCAAGCAAGGACUGGUGGCCGGCACGGUCAGCAUUCGAUGAGCAACGAUUCAAGCGGCAGACCUGCGGAUCUAUGGAGCUUCGCAGACAAUCCUGUAUUACUGUGCUUGUUUCUCUCGGCCAUGAUCGAACCAGUAAUCAGCGUCUUGCUUGUACAAUCACGAUGUCAUAUAACCCACGCUACCUCGAUCGGCAUCCGGAACACCCACGAACUGCGAGAUCCGAACCUCGCUAGGGGACUGGUCGACCAUGUCCUGGGUCUGUCCUCCGUGGCAGCAACUGUCACGGCUGCAUUUAACCGGUUGUAUAGAGUGGUCGAGAAAGGAAUUGAGAUUGAUGUUGAUCUCAGCAUAUGGGUGACUCGAGCAGGGGAAACCGGAAAGGGCACCGAAGUCUUUCGGCAAACUCAUACCAUCCUCACCAGGGUCGACUGGAAAGGCUGUCAAAUGCAGACAUCGUACGCCUCUAACAAGCGCGCCGAAGUAGGCUGGUUCAAGGGAGGUGUGUAUCUGGCCUGGCUCACAGUGGACAAUCGUUCUGAUUGGGGCGAUUUGUAUCGCGACUAUGAAUGUUUUCGACGAGCCGGGCUUUCAUCAGCGUACGGUAAUCACAUUCUUGCGCGAGCUGUUCAUGCCAUAAGGACUGCCUUUCCUGAAGAUAGACCAGCUGAAUCUACCGAAAAAGUUGAUAGAGUAGAGGUUGUCUUUCAUCAACAGAUGCCCGUCAAUUGGCUCGGAACGACCUUGGACCCAGCAGUUAUGGAACUCGCGUGGUGCGAUCCAAGCUCGCGCCUGACACACUUGAAUAUUCGACGCGAGAUCACAGAAGACGGACAGAGAAUGCGCUACCAAAUACUCGACCCAAAAGGCAACCUCUGUAUUGAAGCGUUUCUCGACAGUGCGCAUACCGAGAAAUGCGGCUCGGCGAUGACCGGGUGA